GCUGCCGGAAGCGGGUCUGGAGCGGGCUGGACGCCUAGGGCGGGCGAUCGCCGUGGAGCGCCGCGCGGUGCGGUGCGGGCGGCUGAGUGGGGGCAUCAUGGAGGAUGAGCGGAGCUUUUCGGAUAUCUGCGGCGGCCGCCUGGCCCUGCAGCGCCGCUACUACUCCCCGUCCUGCCGGGAAUUCUGCCUCAGCUGCCCUCGGCUCUCGCUGCGUUCGCUCACCGCUGUCACCUGCACGGUGUGGCUGGCGGCCUACGGACUCUUCACCCUCUGCGAGAACAGCAUGAUCCUCUCUGCUGCCAUCUUCAUCACCCUCUUAGGUCUGCUUGGUUAUCUCCAUUUUGUGAAGAUUGAUCAGGAGACUCUGUUAAUCAUUGAUUCCCUUGGCAUUCAGAUGACUUCAUCUUAUGCUUCAGGCAAAGAAAGCACUACCUUCAUAGAAAUGGACAAGGUCAAGGAUAUUGUCAUCAAUGAGGCUAUUUACAUGCAGAAAGUGAUUUACUACCUCUGCAUCUUAUUGAAGGAUCCAGUGGAACCACAUGGGAUAUCCCAAGUAGUACCCAUCUUCCAGAGUGCUAAGCCCCGGCUGGACUGCUUGAUUGAAGUAUACAGGAGCUGCCAGGAGAUCCUGGCACACCAGAAAGCCACAUCAACAAGCCCAUGAGCCCCAGCGUUCAGAAGGCCAGCAUUGUCUUCCAUGGGAGAUGACUCUUAAACCAUAGGGGCUGGUUUUCUGUACUCUAAACCAUCAGGUGGACACAGUCGUAGGAACCAUUACCGGUGUAGUGCAUCUCAGAGCCAUAGAGCAGGUGACUGGAAAUCUAACUCAGUGUAUUUCCAUGUACUGUAGUGUUUUCCUUGUAAGGUUUUGCCUACUUUACCAAAGGAGGGGAGACCUUAAGAAUUUUGACACAGUAUGUCAAAAGUAAUGUCAGCAAAGAACACUUUGUGAAAUUGCUAACCAUGUUCAGGUUUACUUUGUUGAUGAUUGUGAAGCAAAACAAUGGGAAACUGACGUCAGAUGUCUUGAGAAAGGUGUAUUUUCCAAUAUUACCCCUUGUGUAAAGUUACAAAAAAAACAAGCCCUCCACGUACUGGUUAGCAGGAAGAAAUGUCCUACAAAAGGUGAGUCUGUCAACCUAGCACCUGUGUUCUGUACAGGGCUUAUUUACUCUUAAUAAACAGAUCUUCUUCCAAAACACACAGUUACCUGGUUCACAGAUAGCUGCUUUUUAUUGACAAACAAGAUCAUGGUAUUUCAGUCAUGGUGUCAAGCACAUUAAUGCUUUUCUGUUACUUAGCAAUUUUUUAAAAUCAGUUCAAAAGCUACUUUUGCCAAGAGGGAUGAGACAAAAGGCCACACAGAAAUUUGACUUUGGUUUUCAGACACGGGACUCUCAUGUUAACAAAGAAUAAAUAAGCAAAUUAUUGAAUCCUUUGUUUCUAAGGCAGUUUCUUCUGUAUAAAAUUAAUAAACUAAAGGAGGAUUCCUGAAGGGUUGGGGAGGAGGGGGGGGGAAAUAGAUUGACCCCAAAUUCAGUGUGAACACAGCUCCAUUCUUGUUUACCCUUCCUUCGGACUCCUACUUCUCUUUUAAACUCUCUGGGUAGAUAAUGUUAUUCUUAUUGGCCUUAGAGACACCCAAGAUAUUAUAAAACCAGAGCUGUUAUGUCUGUCACCAGCCCUGCAGGAAUUAUUCAGGAACCUGUGGUACAUGUGACUUGUUUGAGGUAGAAAUGUCUCAGCUAGAUCCCCAAAUCCUGGGGUGAAAGGUGUGAACAGAAAUGGCUGUAAAACUACUUGCCUUGCACAGUCAAGUACAUUUAAAAGAGGCAGAGACUUGAAUGUGCUCCUUUUUUCCUCAUGCUUGUCAGUUUACAGGGUGAGAGAGGAGAAGCUUACAGCAGCUGAGGUCUUCAGAUAAACUAGUUCCAGCCUCACAGUUUUUGCUAUGCACAAUAUACACACAUUGUUGGGAUUAGGGCUUGGUUUUGGGUGCUGCUGGUAAAUAUACAGUUUUCAGCACUUUACUGACAGAUAGUAAGGCUGCCUUAGAGCUAGGAAACAAAACUCAGUUUCUUAGAUGUUGGAAAA